CUAUGGAAGAUGAUCCUUGGAUUCAGAAAGAUACCUUAAGAAAUACAGUAAAUAAUGCUGUUUCAUUAGCGCCCAUGGGAUUCCUGUUAAACGAGGUAUUUUGGAUUCAACUCCAAAAAUCUCGAGGUACUCGAAGCCUGCAAGUACUGAAUUCAACUUCACCAACGCAUGGGGGUACUUUGGUUUUCCUUGCAAGUUUUAAAGACCUGUAUAUGUAUAAAACAAGGUUGCUUACAAUGUGUAGGCCACGCAGAGAUGGCAACUUUGUAUAUGCAUCUGAUGAUACGAGUUCGGGUAAAUCUACUCCUCUUGCUGUAGAAUUUUAUAAGUAUUUAGAUAAUGUGAAGUUUGAUAAGCUAGGAUGGCAAAAUCCAUUGGCCAGUCAAGUAAUUAGCCGUGAAUCAGAUUUAAUACAAAAUUUGUCUGCAAAUCUUAAACAUGCUUUUAUGGAGUCGGUACAUCGUAUGAAAAUGAAUGCACCGCUUAAUAUCAGAGAGGUAUGCGGUACAUUUUGA